AUGCCCUGCCAUCGCUCCUGCAAGAAAUUCGUUCCUCGCUAUCCUCCUACCUACGAUGAAGCUCUUCAUCAAAAUUGUUCUUCCUCUCUUCACCUCUCAGUUGGCUCGUACGCCACACGCUACCAGCCAUACUCUCUUUCUUACAGGUUUGAAGGAGCGUCCACGGAUAUACCUGUCCCACAAACGCCUGCAAUUGUUCCCCAGACCGGCCGAUUCAUCGUUCCUCCUCAUUAUGAUCUUGAUGACUAUAUCGAGUACGACGGUGAAGGAGCCGAGGAGGAGGAGGCCUCGGACAGUGAUGAUGACGAUGACUACGAAGACGAGGAGGAAGAGAACAACGAUGACGAGACAUCAUUUACACCCCUGACGGGCUCGAAGUCUGGUCCAGCGAAGCCCUUAGUCCUCUACGCCAUGGAGUCAGGAAGUGCCCAAGAGACAGCCCGGGAUGCGAAAAUAAAUCUUCCUGACGAUCUCAUAUCUACCACUGGAUCUGGUGUUGAACCACGGUCGGUAACCUCCCUAGGGAAUGCUCCUAUGCUCGAACUUGGAAGACACACCACGAUCAUUGGCCUCCAGGAUUCUGCGUAUGAACGUCUUUGCUGGUCAGCGAAGAAGCUUUCCCUCAGGACGGGGAACUUGGGCAACCAAGAUAUAUGGAAGAGGUGA